ACACCUUUCAUCCAGACCAUUUUCAAUCUUUAUACAGCCUAGGCCCAGUCUAAACCUGUAAAAGAAGGGAGUUGGGACUUGGGGUUUUUAGAGUUUAGCCUAGAGAAUUUCUUCUGGGUGUCUGCUCUCUUGCUCAGUGAAAAUGCAGAAGCGAUUGCAGAUUUCUCUUUUCAAAUUGCUUUUGAGACGCCCUUUUGAACAUUCCCCGAAACCCACAAUUCCGUUCCCCCUCCAGUCGCGAGCUCUGAUUCCAACCUAUUUCGUUCCGAACUCAAUCGACUCUUCAAACCCCAAAUUUCUCCACUCCCCUGCCUCAAAUCUCCACACUUUCACACACCCUUUUAGACCCUACACUCGAACUCGGUCCCUGACUGACCAAAAUCGGAGAGGACACAGUACUGAGUCUGGAGAUGAGUCGGUGCCCUUGUUAGAUGUCAACAGAGAAGUUGACAUGAUAAACCUCAAGUUUGCAGACGCAAGAGAGGAGAUAGACAUGGCUUCGGAGUCAAAAGAUACUGUCUAUUUUGAUGAAGAGGCUGAGUGUGCAAGGGCUGCAGUGAAGGAAGUUAUGGACAUGUUUGAAGGACUACUAGGGAAAUUGCCAGAGAGUGAAAAGGCAGCUUUGCAAAGGUCAAUGGGGCUCAAGAUGGAGCAGUUAAAGGCCGAGCUUCAGCAGUUAGAUGAUUAACGAGGUGGAAAGGGCUUUGUUAUGAUGCAUGGGAUGUUUACGGUACGAAAUGAAGAUGAUUUUGAAUAAUGGAUCAAUUCAAAUUUAAUAAUGUCAAUGGUACUAAUAGUGGAAACUCUGUUACCUUCUGACUUAAAAGAUAUUGUUUUAUGUAGCUUAGAAUCAUUUUUUGACAAUAUGAGGCCUAUGCAAUGAAUGGUCACAUGCUUCUAUUAUGUUCAUGCUUUGACUGACGAAUUGGAGCUUGUUUGGGUAA